AUGGCUGAAGAAAGACCGGGUGGUAAUGGACCUCAUCAUCAGCCAAGGAGACUCUUAGGAGAAUACAAUCAUCAAUUGGGUCCUAGGCACUUCUCCAGUAUAGCCAAACCAACCAAGGGGGUGGAGAUGAAACCAACAUUACUAUCUCUUAUUACUGCCAAUCAAUUUGCAGGGAUGGACCAUGAAGAUCCCUACACACAUUUAUCUACUUUUUAUGAGCUUAUUGGCACUAUGGGUGUGCCUGGAGAAGAUGAAGAAGCGGUCUAUUUGAGAUUAUUUCCUUUCUCUUUGACAGGUGCUGAUGAACCUUUGUGUGAAGCUUGGGAGAGAUAUAAGUCUUUGCUGAGGAAAUGCCCAAAUCAUGGGUUUGAUGAUGUGGCACAACUCAACAUGUUCUGUAAUGGGUUAAGACCACAGACAAAGAUGCUAUUGGAUGCUUCUGCAGGUGGUUCUAUGAUGAUGAAGGAUUCUGAGGAAGCAAUCACCAUUAUUGAUGCUUUGGCAGCCAGUGAUUACCAAGCUCACCAUGAUAGGAGCCAGCCCACAAAAAGGGGAAUUCUGGAACUGGAUACUCAAAAUGCAAUUUUAGCUCAGAAUAAACUCCUUUCUCAGCAGAUGGAAGAGUUAAAGAAGCAAAUGUCCAAACUUCAAGUAGGAUCAUCUUCACGCCCUCAACAGAAAAAUACUGAAGCUUUUAUCAGAAAUCUGGAAGUUCAAAUAGGGCAGCAAGACAAGCAAUUGGCAGAUCAACAAAGCAAAAAUUUUUCUGCCAAUACACAAGUCAAUCCUAAAGAGCAUUGUCAAUCAAUUACAACCAGGAGAGGUACGGUGAUAGGAAAGGGGAUUGGCGAUAAUUUGAGAGAAAAUGAUAAUGGAGGAAAUGAAGAAAAGAGUGGAGUUGAGUUAGAAAGUGAGAAAGAGGUGGAGUUGAAUAAAGAGGCAGAAAAAAAUGAAAAAAAUAAAAAAGAGAUAGAGAAAAAUGAGAACAAAGAUGGAGAUGUGAAGGAGGAGAGUAAGAAGAAAGGGAAAGAAGUUGUUAGGCCUCUUCCUGUGAAGAAUCUACCUUACCCACAUGCUCCGUCAAAGAAAGACAAGGAACGCCUGUUUGCAAGGUUCCUUGAUAUAAUCAAGAGGUUACAGAUCUACAUACCCUUUGUAGAGGCCUUGGAACAGAUGCCAUCUUACGCAAGGUUUAUGAAAGAGCUUCUGACAAAGAAAAGGAAAUUGAGUGAGGAUGGAAUAGUGGAGCUGGAGGCAGGUUGCAGUGCUAUAAUUCAGAAGUCACUUCCACAAAAGUCUAGAGACCCAGGGAGUUUUACUUUGCCAGUCACUAUUGGCAAUGCUUCUGUGGGGAAGGCAUUGUUGGACUUAGGAGCCAGUAUCAAUCUGAUGCCUUUGUCUAUGUUACAGAGGAUAGGUGAGGUGGAGGUGAGACCUAUCAGGAUGACUCUGCAGCUGGCUAAUAGAUCCAUAAAGUAUCCUCAUGGUGUUGUUGAAGACCUCUUGGUGAAAGUUGAUAAGUUUUGGUUCCCAGUUGAUUUUGUUGUCAUGGAUAUGGAGGAGGAUUCUGAAGUUCCUCUUAUUUUGGGACGACCAUUCAUGAAGACAGCCAAGGUCAUCAUUGAUGUUGAUGAUGGCAAACUCAAGGUUCGAGUUCAGGAUGAUGAAGUGAACUUUAAUGUAUUUGAAGCCAUGAAACAUUCAAGUGAUAAGGCAUGUUGCUUCAGAGUGGAUGUGAUUGAUGAGUUGUGUAUGGAAGCUCAAAAGACAUUCUCAGUAGCUACACCAUUGGAGAAAGCAUUGAUGAGUGCAGUCAGUGAAAUCAAUAAUGAGGAAGAAAAAGAAAUUCAGAAGUGUUUGGAGGAGUUGGACAAAGCAAAGGAGAUUUCCCCUAAUUCUACAAGUGUACAAGAGUUAAACAAGGAGGAAAAGUCUCAACCUCAAAAGUUAGAGUUGAAGCAAUUGCCAAGCCAUCUCAAAUAUGUGUUUUUAGAAGCAAGUGGUGGUAAACCAGUUAUAAUCAGCAGUUCCUUAUCUGUGGAGGAGGAAAAGAAGUUAGUUGAGGUUCUGAAGGCGAAUGAAGGAGCUACUGGAUGGACCCUGUCUGAUCUCAAAGGUAUUAGCCCCUCAUAUUGUAUGCACAGGAUCUUGAUGGAACAGGAUUAUAGGCCUGUAGCACAACCUCAAAGGUGCCUCAAUCCAACAAUGAAGGAGGUGGUCAGAAAAGAGGUGAUUAAGCUACUUGAAGCUGGCAUGAUUUACCCUAUCUCCGACAGUGCAUGGGUUAGUCCUGUUCAGGCGGUUCCUUAA